GCUGCCGCGGGAAGGCGCCCUGGCCCCGCCGGGCCUGCCCUCACCUGCCUGCAGCGGCCGGACUUCGCCUCUCAGGUGCGGCAGAAGGACGAAUGUGGUGAGAGGGAAGAUGUCAGUGACCUUCUCGAUGCCUUGUACCGAAGCAGGGAUCAGCUGAAUUGGGAAAUUCCCGUUUUAAGAUCAGGAUGUGUUUGUGCCUUACCCUGGGUUCCAGUCCUGACAAAUGACAGCUGUAGAAGACACUUAGUAUGGAUCCUUUGUUUAAAACCUUCCCCAGGCAGAAAUUGUUGCUGAGUGCCAGAAUACAAACUACUGAACUUACCUAAUGCCAAAUCAACUUUUUCAUAUUGGGAGAGGACUAAGAAUGAGUUUCAAAAUAAGGGAAAAAAUUAGCUCCUGCGAGAAAACAUGAAAGUUGUUGUCUUCUACUUGUUGGAAAGGAAAACUGAGGAUCUCGGAAUAUUUUUCAAGGUAGGAUGGUGUAGCUGGCUUCUGGGUGUCUAAAGCAGCCAUGGCCACCAAGAAUCUCAGGAGUGCAUUUGGACAAGGAAAAUCUAAUCUGCAUGAAGGAGGAGUAUUUCCAGGGCACUGCCAUACCAAAUGGAAGACAUCGUGUUCUCUGCCUGAUGAAAUUUGGGAUGAAAGACAGCAACCACAAUCCCUAAUCUCAUCUCAGAACUGCCAGAGGAGAACUGUAGAAGCCACUUGGACUGCUGCAAAGUCUGGCCACAGGGAUAGGCAAGAUGCAUUCCCAUGGUUUGGAAUGGAUAUUGGUGGAACGUUGGUUAAACUGGUCUACUUUGAACCUAAGGACAUUACUGCAGAGGAAGAACAGGAGGAGGUAGAAAACCUGAAAAGCAUUAGGAAAUAUUUGACCUCAAAUACAGCCUAUGGUAAAACUGGCAUUCGCGAUGUUCACCUGGAACUGAAAAAUUUGACAAUGUGUGGACGCAAAGGAAACCUGCACUUCAUCCGCUUUCCCAGCUGUGCCAUGCACAGGUUCAUACAGAUGGGUAGUGAGAAGAACUUCUCCAGUUUGCACACCACGCUCUGUGCCACGGGAGGUGGAGCUUACAAGUUUGAAGAAGACUUUAGAACGAUGGCUGAUCUACAGCUCUAUAAACUGGAUGAAUUGGACUGUUUGAUCCAGGGUCUCCUUUAUGUUGAUUCUGUUGGUUUCAAUGGCCAACCAGAGUGCUAUUAUUUUGAAAAUCCUACAGAUCCUGAACAGUGCCAGAAAAAGCCUUACUGCCUUGAUAAUCCAUAUCCUAUGCUGCUGGUUAACAUAGGCUCAGGGGUCAGCAUCCUAGCUGUCUAUUCUAAGGACAAUUAUAAAAGAGUGACAGGAUCCAGCCUUGGAGGAGGAACAUUCCUGGGCCUGUGCUGUUUGCUCACUGGCUGUGAGACAUUUGAGGAAGCGCUGGAAAUGGCCGCAAAAGGAGACAGCACCAAUGUGGAUAAGCUGGUGAAAGAUAUCUAUGGAGGAGACUAUGAGCGGUUUGGCCUUCAAGGAUCUGCUGUAGCAUCAAGCUUUGGUCAUAUGAUGAGUAAAGAAAAGAGAGAUUCCAUCAGUAAAGAGGACUUGGCCAGAGCUACUUUGGUCACCAUCACCAACAAUAUAGGUUCUAUUGCUCGCAUGUGUGCAUUGAAUGAGAACAUCGACAAGGUGGUGUUUGUUGGCAACUUUCUCAGAAUUAAUAUGAUUUCUAUGAAGGUGCUAGCAUAUGCUAUGGAUUAUUGGUCCAAGGGACAGCUAAAAGCUCUGUUUUUGGAACAUGAGGGUUAUUUUGGAGCUGUUGGGGCUCUUCUAGAAAUGCUUAAAAUGACAGAUGAUCAGUGAUGAAGCUGUCUGAAGAGAUUCCUACUGCAGAUGCUGCUGGGUAAGAGUGAAAGCCACUACAAGGAUGGAAAUGAAGCCAUUAUGGUAGUUCUGUCUACUGGAUUUGUAAAUAAUUUAAAAUCCUUUUAGCUGAUCUUUAAUUUCUGGGUUUUGACCUUAUACUUCUGAAUUCAUACUGGGAAUUACGAGAUUUUUUUUCUGUACACUGUAUUUUUUAGGGGAAAAAUGUGCAAAGUGGCCAAACAUACAGAUUUUAUGGAUUUAUUUUAAAAAAAUGAUACUGUUUAAUGUAAGACCUGUGAUAUAUGAGGCAUCUGCUUUUCUUCUGGGGUUUACUGAUUAGUGUGGUAAUUUUAACUUCAUUUAGUAAUCACUCUAGGAGAUUUUUUUUUAUCUUAUUUUCAUGACGUUUCAUGAUUUGUUCUUGGUUUCAAAUGAAACUACAAAGCUGAUGCAUUUUACUGUGAAAACUAGUCAUUGAUUUUUUUGCCUUUCCUUUCCUUAUUAGAUGAGACACUUUAACAUCUCUCUGCCCCCCUCAAAAAUAAAUUUGCAACCAUUAUGUGGCUAAAUGCAUUUCUUCAAAGGACUGUGAGGAAGCUUGGUAAUAACAGGGGGUUUAAGAUUGCAAUUUUUCACUAGUCAUGAAUUGCAACAGGAAGAGAAUGCCAGCUGGUUUUGCAGGGCUGAUUCUUCUCUAUAAUAAAAACUUUAAAGAAGAUGUGUACUAAAAUUUUAAUUAUUUAAUCAACACUAAAAUGAAAAUCUGUUUCUGAUUAAAACCUCUGAUCAACAUGAAGAGUAUGAAGAGUUCUGUAGUAAAGAUGUUAUUCACACUUGCUAUUAGAUGGCAAAGGGAGAUUGUCGUUUAUUUUUUAGUCUGCAAGCUUUAACUUGUUCUUAAUUGGAAACAACUAAUAACAGCAUUAUUAAAAGCCCAAUUACUAAAAUCAGAAAAAUACUGACUAAAGUACUUUCUGCUUUUAAACUAGCAUUAACUCUCCCUCCAGGACAGUAAAGUUUGAGUGUUUAUUCCAAUACAGUAUUUUGUACCUUUUCUGAUUUGUGGACCUCUCUGGAUUUUUUUCCCCAAGUUAAAUUGAGAUCCCUUUGAAAUCCAUGUACUUAGGUUGCAGCAGAGCAUGUACAAACCUGCUUUCCUUUGACACCUUGAGGGCUCACAAAUGAGAGGCUGAAAAGCAGUUCAUAAAUUAUUUUGUCUUGAAAGACUGUAUGUGAUGUCACAUAAUGUAAAUGGCUCAUCAGAGGGACAGUAUAAAAUUCAGUAUAUUUUUGGAAGGGGGUAUAUUUCACUUUUUUAAGUCAUUAACUUACAUAUCUCCCAAAUGUUGGAAGGUGGUAACAUUAACUGAAGUGUUAACUUGUCUGAUGGAAAUAAAGACCUCUACUGUUUAGACAGUUUUAAUGUAUCUGUGGAAUUCAUUUCUUGAAAGCAAUGAUGUGACAUACAAAACACAUUUUUUUGUGACAUACAUAACACUAUAUUUGUAACAUACAUGACUGCUUAUUUCCAUGAUAAUCGUUUGGUUCUUGCCAUGCUAUUACUCUUCAUAACAAAGCUUUAGUCUUUGAAGCCUUUUGCCUCCUUGAAGUUGACUUUAAAGGACUGUAACAAAAAUAUGCGAUAACACUAGUGUUCAAGUUGAUACUUUCUGUAAUAUUGAGCUUGAGAUAAGUGCAGAUGGUUCUGCUCAGUGCCUCUAUUUUUCUAAUAAAGAAAAUAAAACUUUGAUUUAGGUUAUUGGCUAAGUUUUGCCUGUGAAUAAAGA